AUGUCUCCUCCACUGCAGUUCUGGGGCAGUGUCGACUUGUCAUGCACAAGCACCUACACACUGCAUUCCUGCAGCUGUUUAAUGUUCAUGUUUAAUAUGUGUUGCCUCCGUAGCAAGGGUUAUGUUUAUGACAUUGUUAUGGUGCAUGCUUUGUUUUCAGACUGUUUUCUUGAAAUGUUAACUGUGGCAUCAUCAGCCUCUGUGCUUGGAUUGUUGGAUGACUACAAGUGCGCAGGACUUACAGCUCUAGUUUUGUUACUUUCACUGACAAAGCCAAGAUCCUCAAUUGUGUAUUCUCAUUGUAAUAUAACUACAGUCAUUCUUUGUUUCUGUUUUAAUGCUGUUAGGGUUAGCUUGUUUUAA